AUGUUUCUCUCCUUUGUUUUAGAUCGGAUACUGGAGCGCGACGCAGGUUUCGUAUCAGGUGGAGAAGAUGACGACUCUUGCUCUGGUCCCGCACAUUCCGACGACUCCGGCGUCAGACUCGUCGAGGCAGACUCGCGACUCAAAAGAGAAUGCACGCCGACUCGUCUCGGGCCUCCAAAGAAACGCAUACGUCUGGACUCCAGGGAAGACCUAGCGAGCCCCGAGCGCGAUACACCCACUAGUCCGUUCAGACCCUGGUCGUACGCUGAAGAACCGCAACAGGAACCUUUAUCGUUAGUCAAGAAAACGAGUGAAACUAGUCUUUUAAGGCAGAGGCGGCGGCCGUUGGAUCCUCCCCCGCCGCCCGUUCCUACCCUGGUGCUGGAGACGAGGCUUGGCCCUCCUCGAGUACCGCCUCACCCCGGAGUCGUUGAGUCUUUCGCUGAGAAAUCGAAGCCAAGAGAACAGCGGAAUUAUAAAAAUAUGACGAGAGAAAGGCGAAUAGAAGCAAACGCCAGGGAAAGGACGCGAGUUCACACUAUAAGCGCGGCCUUCGACACGCUCCGGAAGUCCAUACCCUCAUACAGUCACAAUCAGAAACUGUCGAAGCUGUCCGUACUUCGGAUAGCGUGCGCGUACAUUGCAGCGCUUUCGGCGGCAAUCGAACCGGAGGCGGACCUCACGGAAGCGGUGGAUAAGGUCACGCAAACAAUACACACCGAAGGCAAAUUAAGAAAAAAGAAAGACGAGCCGUGAACAUACAAUAAUUAAUACGACAUCGUCGUACAUACCGUCCUAAAAGCCUACGCGAUUUUGAGUACAAAGGUGACAAUAAUAUUGGAUAUAAAAGAUUUAUUUAUUCGAAAAUCGGUAGGUUAAGAUCGGUACAUUUUAAUUUAUCGGUAAUCGAAUCGUUUGUCGUACGGUAUUUAUUCAACAGUUGUUCCUUAAUCAAAUGUGAAUUCGGGUUGGUGUGUAAUUCCUAGCAAGGAUGAUAUCUAUGCCUGUGUUAACCAUUCCCCAAAUCCAGUAUUAAGAUGAAAAGAAAUAUAACACGAAGAUAAUAUAAUAAAUUGUGUAUUUUGGCUUUAAUACAUUACUUUAUAUUUAUUAUUACAAAUCAAGUCAGUAAUUUUAAGCGAGAAUUGUAUAUUUUAUUUAGAUUAAGUUGUGUAUUCUUUGUAAAUAUUAGCGUUUAUGGUGUACAGUAAACACUGUUGAUAUGGAGUACUUGCGAUUAUAAUAUAAAAUGCGUUUACAUUAAAUCGGUUUUUUAAACACAAAAUAAUUCGUCUAUCUGUUAUUUAACUUGUUUUAUAAAGGUAAUACAUUUAGUACCUGUUUUCAAUGAAAAAUACACCAUAACAAAGAUAGAUAUUGUAUCCUUUGAUUUGAGCAUCGGAAUUUUAAUGUCUUAUAAAUAUAAGUCCCGCAGCUGUCAUUAAAAAUUCAAAUAAAUAUAUAAUAAUUUGAAUAAAUAUGUAAAAUAUUGAAUGAGAAUUUUUAUGAGAUUUGUUUAAAGUAGAUUUUAAUAAAUCAUAAAAAUAUGCAAAAUGUAUCAAUCAGAACGCACAUAAAGUGUCAAAGAUCAAAAUUAACUGUGUCAGCAACAUUCCACUACUUCUGUUACUGUAAACAAUUUGUAAAAUUGUUACUGAAAGUUAAACGUAUUUUACUUUUGUCAAAAACAACUGGAUAAAUUAAUUUCUAUUCAAACAGAAACAAAAAAUAAAACACAACAUGAAAAUA